UUCUUAUUUACCGUAAGAAAGAUCGACCAGCUGUUCGUCGAGGUCAUUGUCAAGGUACAAAAGGGUGAUGGAAAUGAUCGUCUUCAUUUCCGAUUUCAUCUCUAAUUUGAUCCGCAUCGGUCACCAUCCAACAUGCUGCCUCUAGUUGCUGUCUUGGUGCUCGGCGUUCUCGCGCAGCAGACAUUCGCAGAUGAACCCGAAGCGAUUGUCGGUGGCAUGAUGGCCGACCCGGGUCAGUUCCCUCAUCAAGUUAGCUUGAGAACAUCUUAUGGCAGCCACUUCUGCGGCGGUAGCAUCGUCAGUAAAUGGACCAUAGUGACCGCUGCUCACUGUACACAAGGAUUAACCGCAAAAGGUAUAACAGUCGUCGUCGGGAGCUUGAGGAGCAACAGCGGAGGCGUUUCGCACAAAGUUAGAGAGAUAAUAGAACAUCCUGAGUACGUGCAUGCUCAGAAGGCCUCCUGGAAGAAUGACAUGUGUCUACUCAUCCUCGAGACACCAUUGGAAUUCAACGCCUACGUACAGCCCAUCAAACUAGCCACCGUCAGUCCUAAAGUCGGCAAACCAGCCAUCACAUCCGGAUGGGGUUAUACGAGAGCAAAUGGAAGAGUUUCGCCUGAUCUGCUUUGGAUAAACACCUAUAUAGUGAGCCGCGACAAAUGCGCGAAAGAUCAUUAUGGCCAACCGCUCGGCGACUCUCACUUGUGCGCAUACAAGGAAAUCGGACGGGGCGCUUGCCAGGGUGACAGCGGCGGCCCGCUUACGGUUGACGACGAAUUGGUCGGUGUCACUUCGUGGGUUCUCCCUUGCGCUCUUGGUCGAUCAGAUGUCUACUGUAAUGUCGCCGCAAUGAAGUCGUUUUGGCAACCGAGGAUCGUAUAUGGUUGUGAUGAUGAUCGUCUUCACUUCCGAUUUCAUCUCCGGUUUGAUCCGCAUCGGUCAUCAUCCAACAUGCUGCCUCUAGUUGCUGUCUUGGUGCUCGGCGUUCUCGCGCAGCAGACAUUCGCGGACGAACCCGAAGCGAUUGUCGGCGGCAACCAUGCCAAGCUGGGUCAGUUCCCUCAUCAGGUUAGCUUGAGAAACUACGGCAGCCACUUCUGCGGUGGCAGCAUCAUCAGUGAGAGAACCGUGAUGACCGCUGCUCACUGUGUACAAGGUGUAAGCGCACACAGUUUAACAGUCCACGCCGGAACCACAACUAGCAACGGAAUCGCAGGCACUUCACGCAAAGUUCAAAGGAUCAUACAACAUCCUAAGUACGUGCAUAGUUCGGCGGUCUCCUGGAACAAUGAUAUGUGUCUACUCAUCCUCGAAACGCCAUUCCAAUUCAACGCCAACAUACAGCCCAUCAGACCAGCUACCAGCACUCCUCAGUCCGGCACUUCAGCCGUCACAUCCGGAUGGGGUUAUACGGUAGCAAAUGGAAAAGUUUCGCCUAAUCUUCUUUGGAUACCAACUGUCAUAUUAGACCGCUACCAAUGCCAGCAACGUUUUAGAGGCCAACCGCUCGGUGUUUCUCACAUAUGCAUAGAUAAUCCAGCCGGAAAGGGCGCUUGCCAGGGUGACAGCGGUGGCCCGCUUGUAGCUAACGGCCAAUUGGUCGGUGUCACUUCUUUUGUUGCCCCUUGUGGUCGUGGUGUGCCAGAUGUCUUCUGUGAUGUCGCUGCAAUGAAGUCGUUUUGGCAAGCGAAUAUGGUAUAAAUAGCGGAAGUAUCAACGAUUCAUCACAGUGACGAAAACGCAACACGUAAUCGAGACAUCAAUCGCGAUAGUUGCCUGAUCCAGUCUGGUCGGUCACGCGUUCUUAGAAUAAGCUAAAAAAAUAAGAAAAAAACAAAGAGAAAAUAGAGAAAAAAUAUUCUUGAUGUUAAUCCACUAAUAAAAGCUUACUAGUUAAAUUCAUCGCAA